CCUGCAACUCCGUGGACCUCCAUUAUCUCCGGCGAGUUCUCCCCCUUUGUUUCGCAGCGAGUCUCCAUUGCCGUCCGUCGUGAAGAACUUCUGUACGUGGACAUCGUUCGCAGUUAGCACCGGUCCGAGAAUUCCAAGUCCCGUCCGAGCAUUUGAGUCCCAAA